AUGGGCCUGCACCUGCACCUGCUGGACCUGCCAGUGGAUAUUCUAUCCAUGAUCCUCGCGCCACUGCUCGUUUCCGACCAUCCGAUCAAGCUGUGCAACUGCGCCGAGGCCCUACCGCGGGACAUCAACCCACUGCCUGUGAUGCUCGCCCAUCCCGCCUUCUAUGCCAUCGCCAGCCCGCUCUUCUACGAGGGCAACGAGUUCGAACUGGACACGAGGGGAGAUCAUGGCCCUCACGUUCGGCGCUGCCUCCAGGGCGCAGCGGAUGCAGCUAUGAAACAGGAGCCCUUUCUACUCACGCAGGACGAUGAUGACGGCCCAUCCCUCAAUGCUUCAGUGAGGCGGAGGUCGCCAGUGGCAAGUAGUGUCCUUGUCGAGCGCGCUGCACUCCGCAAGGUGAAGCGCCUGCAUGUCUACGUUGAAAAGCUGCGGCAGUGGAUCGACGCCUUGCUUGUCCCGCUUUUGUCGGACAUGGUUCUCGCCGGCAACCUGGUGGCCCUGACGCUCGUUGUGCGUACCGCAUCUGGCAGAAACGUGGCGACACGACGGGACGUGUUCGCACGCAGGCCACUGGCAAGCCUGGUACGGCUCCUGGCGGACCCCUAUCUGCGCGAGCGGCGGCUCUGGGUCAGCGCGGCGCACGGACUGGAUCCGCUGGACGGAGCGCAGGGACAGAGCACGCGAUUUGGGGACUACGAAUGCGUCUCCGUGGACUGGCGGGCGGCGUUGAGACUCGCGGACCCGGAGGGCAGGGCGAGGAUCAUCGGCCUCGGGGGCGACGUGACCAACGCCCGAGGAAGAGGGUACGCGGCAGACGAGUACGAGGGUCCAUGA